AUGACAGAGCUCCUCUUUCAGGACAAUACUGGCCAACAAGUCAAAUUUUUCAUUCAGCGAGAUGUACCGGAGUACGCACGGCUGUGUGAAGAGAUAACGGCUCUAGGUGGUCGCGUCGAGGAUAAGAUACCUCGAGCUGGCUUUGUGCUCAUCAACCCUGGUACCGAGGAAGCGAAUCGGCUACGAGACUGCUGGAAUAAACCCGACGAGCGCCCGGAACGGUUCUUCGUCCCCUUCACCUAUAUUCAGGCGUGUAGGGCAGAGGGUCGCCUUCUUCGCCAGAUAUUCCUCGUCGCGCAUCGCCCGCUCAAGUUCUUCGUUCACCCUGAUAUCGCCAACGUACAUACACGCGACAUUAUCCGCUCGCAGAUUCUUCACUCAGGAGGGAACCCUGAUGCGAGCGAGCUUGAGACGGAUGUCAUCAUCGCCGACCAUGGCAACCCCGAAGUGUUCAACCAUCUCAUCAAGGUCAACAAUGGCUUCAAGAAUCAUGUCGAAUCCUUCCAGUGGGUAAAGAAGUGCAUUGAGCAAGGUGAACUGUCCUUUACGCCGCUGGUGUACAAGAACCCGGGCGGACGUAGACCAGGCGAAGAACGCACGCCGUUCACCGACGAAGACGAACACCAUCUUUGCCAAUGGAUUGCAGAGAAGAUACCGUAUAAGAACACAGGCGGGCGUACGGGUAACAAGCUCUACCAACAGCUAGUUGAGAAGGGCGAGGAACCCGGUUAUGGUUGGGUCAAGCGCCACACCUGGCAAUCCUGGCGUGAACGCUAUAAGAAGAAUACCGCGCGCAUGGAUCCACUGAUCACUCGUAUCGUCGACGAACGUAAACCGGCCCUCGGCGAGAUGGGACAGUACGGCUACGUGCGCAAACCCGAACCUAGCGCGCGGAAACGUAACUCUGGCAAGCGCAAAGCGUCGACGCCGCUCGAAGGCGACGGCGCUAUUGACGCAGAACGAAUUGCCGCCGCGCUCGCGGGGCAUAUGCCUCUGCCGCAUGGUAUGCCGCCACCGUUUCCGCCGGACCAUUUUCCAGGCGGUCAGCUCCCGCCACCUCCGUUCGGAUUCCCGCCCCAUAUGCCACCACCUCCGCCUCCCGAGGCUAUGCCUGGAAUGGGCGGGGGACCGAUGGAUCAUAUGCCGCCUCCGCCACAUCAGCCGCAGCGUGACUCUCAAUCGCAGCCACAGUCACAAUCUCAGUCGCAGCCUGAGGCUGGGCCAAGCGGUGAGGGCGAGUCUCAGUGGCCCAUCCGCGAAGGCACUGGGCCGCAGCCAAAUUGGGCGAAGCGAAAGGCAGAUGACGAGGCGGAUGAACACGAAGCGAAGCGCAAGAAGAUUGAGCAAGAGGGCGACCCGGCAAUACUCGAGAUUGCGUCAGAGUACAAGUUCACUGCGACGGAGGUGCAGGAGUACUUUGACAAGACGAAAGACAUAGAGAAGACGCGCAAGCGCUUCAAGAAGAGGCGUGAGCAUCUAGACAGCUUGGAGGAUGAGGAUUGA